AUGGCUUUGCUCUGCCACCAAGCGGAAGGCCUUUUGGAGGCGCUGGGCUUCGACGAGUCGCGGCGCCUGGCCUCGAUGCUGCGCUUCGCGACGCUGGGGGCCACCCAGCACCCGGACCCCAGGCGCGCGCUGAGCGCGGCGGAGGAGGCCUGGGUGCAGUGGAGGGUCCGUGCCCUCAGCGUCCACAUCCGCAUCCUGUCGCCGCUGGCCCGCGUACUGAUUCACUUCACCAAGCUGGAGCUUGCGCCGCCCCUGUGGCUCCUCGCCUCAGUCCCGGUGGCGCUCAUCGCGGUGGGAGUAGGCGCUAUGGCCCUCAGCAAGCGCCGCCUGGAGGAACCACGGGCAACCGUUCCGCCGGGAGCCCGGGUGAACCGCUCACUUCGCGUCGGCCUGCGGAUGCAUGGCGCGCCUCUGGAGCUCAAACGCAGCACCGCGGAGAUCGCGAAAGCGAGGUCCUGGCGCCAGGCGGCCGAACGCCUGGCCCAGCUCCGGCGCCACCUGCAGCCGGAUGCGGCCGCCUUCAAUGCCUGCGCCGCCUGCUGCGGUCGCAGCAGGGCCUGGCGCUUCACGCUGCGUGUGGCGGAGGCGCUGGCGCCCGGGGACAGGAGCGCUUUCACCUACAACUCCGCAGCCUCCGCCUGCCGCGAGGAAGAUCCCACUGCUCGCUGGCGGUCUGGCCUGGCAGUGCUGCGCACAGGGGAGGUGCAGCGGGUGGCCAAAGGCGCCUUCGCCGUCAGCAGCGCGGUGGCGCUUGUCGAGCGCUGGGCUUUGGGACUCCAGGUGCUGCGCGAGGCGGCGGCGCAGGGCCUGGAGCGGGAGCUGGUCACCGGCAACAGCGCGCUGGGCAGCUGCGCCAAGGCGUCGCAGUGGCUGCGGUGCCAAAACCUGCUGGAGGAGAUGCGAGGCGCCGGGGAAGAUCUCGACGUCGUCUCCUGGAGCACUGGUCUGGGCAGCUUCGCGAACCCGGCGCUCUGGCAGGAGGCCCUUGGCGACUUCCACGGCGCUUCUUACGCGGCGCCGAACUCCUUCACCUUUUGCGCGGCCUUGACUUGCCUGGAGAAGGCCGCUGAGUGGUCCAGCGCGCUGCUGGUACUGGAGGAGCUGCCAAGGGCACGCCUUCACGUGGACACCAUCCUCUGCAACUCCGCCUUGAGCUCUUGUGAGAAGGCCGGGCGUUGGGCCGUGGCCUCCGCCAUCUUGACCCUCGAGGGCUGCCAGCGCAGUGCCGUCACCUUCAACGCCGCGCUCAGCGCACUCAGCGACGGAGGUCAUUGGCGCCGGGGCCGGGACAUCUUCCUGACCAUGCGCGCGGAAGGAUUGCAGCCCAACCUGAUUUCGGGCAACGCCUUGAUGACGGUCUACGAGAAGAGCCGCCAAUGGCGGCAGGCGCAGAAUUUCUCGGGGCAGCUGGCGGAUCUCAGGGACGCGGUGACGUGCAACGGGCUGCUCAGCGCCUACGAGAAGGGCCAGCAGUGGGCUUCUGCGGCCUGGCAGCUGUCGCAGAUGCGUCGCUUCGGCCCCCGCUGCAGCGUGGUGUCCUUCGGAGCGCUGAUCAGCGCGCGAGGGAAGGCCUGGGAGGAGGCGCUGCGCUGCGAGCUGCAGCUGCGGGCCCUGGGCCUGCGGCCCAGCCGCGUGACCUGCGGCGCGCUGCUGGGCGCCUGCGGCUGCGGCCAGUGGCGCCGCGCGGGGCUUCUCGUGGAGGCAGCGGCGGAGGAGGCCGACGCACUGGGCGUGGUGGAGAUGAAUGCGGCGCUCACAGCCUUCAGCGAGAGCCACGUCACGGACAAGGCGCUGCGCCUGGCGCGGCACAUGGUCCGUGGGAAGGCGCAGGCGGACCUCGUGACCUUUAAUACGGUGCUGGCGCUCUGUGCCAGGGGGGGCCUCUGGUCUCAGGCCCUGCGCCUGUUGCAGAAGCAGCCCACCUUGGGCUUUGAGGCGGGGGACUUUGCCGCCGCGCCGGACCUCCUGAGCUUCAGCGCCGCGCUGGGCGCCUGCGCGGGCGGAAGGGCGGAGGAGGCUCUGGGCCUCCUGCGCCUGGCGGGCGCCUGCCGCGUGGCCAUCGACGCCUUGGGCGCCACCGCCGCAGCUGCGGCCUGCGCCAAGGCACGCGCCUGGCGCCAGGCGCUGCGUCUGGCGGCGCGCCAGGACCCCAUCGCCCUGGAGCUGUCGACCACCGCCGCCCUCGCCGGCGGCGGCCUGCGCCUGGCGCCGCGGCUCCUGGGCGCCAUGGCCUCCGCCGGCGCCGCCGCCGCCGCGGAGCUGGCAGACGUCGGGGCGAGGGUGCGGGGAGAAAAGGCGAAAGGCGGCGAGAGGUGGAUGGGUGCAGACCUACGCCAGACCUUUCUGCAGCAGAACCGGGGCUUCCGCUGCCUCUGCGUGCGCUGCAGACGCCCGGAUUUGUUGGUCCAACGCGGCCAUGUUCGGGAUGUGCCACUGUAA